ACAAUGGUAAUUUUCUCAUUAUUCUGCCUCGUCUCGACUGUCAAUUUUGCAGAAGCUGUCUCAAUCCAAGCCGACUGCCACGUCCGGCGGUGCAACCACCACGAGCCACCCGUCCAGUUCCCGUUCCGAUUACAAGACCAGCAGCCACCCAACUGUGGCUAUCCUCAUCCUGGGUUUCAACUUUCGUGCUCAGAAAACAACCAGACCCUGGUGAAGCUUCCACGUUCAAUGAAGCUGUUAGUGAAGCACAUAGAUUAUGAAGCUCAGAGGAUCGACUUGUACGAUCCCAAUCGUUGCCUCUAUAAACAGCUUUUAGAGCUCAAUUUAUCUACUUUUCCAUUCUUGGACCUGGACCAACAGCUAGGUUUCAGCCGCUUAAAAGUUUUUCAACCCGAACCAGCUUCAUCCUAUACCUUUUUCGAGUGUUCAAGCAAAGACAAGGCUUUGUAUGAAAGAUACAGAGUCGCUUGCUUAAGCACCUCUGACUCACAAAUCAUAGCUUUUCCUUCUCAUGGCCAUUCAUAUUUUUAUAACUUUUUGAACUGCAGCAUGAUCGGCAAUUUCUCGGUACCAAUUUCUUCCGAUCUUAUCCGUUUUCAAUUACGCUGGAAUGAACCAGACUGUACUGAUUGUGAAGCUCAAGGCAAGGGAUGUAGACUGAAGAGCAACAGCACAAUGGAUGAAACCGAGUGUUUCUACAUCCCCAAGCACCACAUAAGUACACGAGAAAGGCUGCUGAUUACUUGUAUUGUCUUAGGUUCUUUAGUUCUUGCAAUGGUUGUCGUUGGAGUUGGCUGGAGAUACUACACAGAUAAAAUGCAGAAAGAAGGUGAACUCAAGAUUGAAAAGUUUUUGGAAGAUUACAGAGCGCUUAAGCCCUCGAGAUACUCCUAUGCUGAUAUUAAAAGGAUAACUGAUCAUUUCAAGGACAAACUUGGACAAGGAGGUUAUGGAACUGUCUUCAAAGGUAGACUUUCCACUGACAUUUUGGUUGCUGUCAAGGUACUCAAUAAUUUCAAGGGAAAUGGUGAAGAAUUCAUCAAUGAAGUGGGUUCGAUGGGUAGAAUCCACCACGUGAACGUGACUCGCCUGGUUGGAUUUUGUGCCGAUGGAUACGAUCGAGCUCUGGUUUAUGAAUACCUACCGAACGAGUCAUUAGAGAAGUUCAUAUUUGCAGCCAAGGGCGAGGAACGAUCCCUGAGUUGGGAGAGGCUUCGGGAUAUUGCUCUCGGUGUAGCCAAAGGUAUCGAGUACCUCCAUCAAGGUUGCGAGCAACGAAUCCUCCAUUUCGACAUCAAACCUCACAAUAUUCUGCUGGAUCACAACUUCAACCCUAAGAUCUCUGAUUUUGGCCUUGCUAAAUUGUGCUCCAAGGAACAAAGUGCUAUUUCAAUGACAACUGCAAGAGGAACCAUGGGAUACAUUGCACCCGUGGUACUGUCUCGCAACUUCGGCAACGUCUCGUAUAAGUUUGAUGUUUUCUGUUUUGGAAUGUUAUUGCUUGAAAUGGUCGGAGGGAGAAGGAACAUAGAUGUUACGGUGGAGAAUACAAGUCAAGUGUACUUACUGGAAUGGGAUUAUAUGUGUUUGGAUAAAGGGGAGGAGCUGAGGAUCAGAAUUGAAGAUGAAGAACAAACAGGGGUAGCAAAGAAGCUCACCAUUGUUGGCCUUUGGUGCAUUCAAUGGUAUCCCGUCGACCGUCCAUCGAUGAAAGAGGUAGUUCAGAUGUUAGAAGGAGACUUGGAUGAUCUUGCCCAAUAUAAUUAG